AGACUUGGAAUUCCAAUUGAAAAAUGAAAAAGUUACUGCGAGCUAUUCAACGCCUUCUGCCCUCAAAUGCGUCCGAGGGCCGAAUUGGUUCUAUCGAGUUGAACCUGUGGCUGGCGCACCUGGUGGGUCUGCCACUGUUGGGCCUGAAGCGGGAGACGCCGCGGCAGCAGAUGAGCAUCAUAAUCUUUGGAUCCCUGGUUCUGUUCGCAAUGCUUGGCUAUGUCUUUUUCGAGUUAUACGAUCUGUAUCUCAAUUGGCAUGACUUGGACGCGUUCACACAAAACGUCGUCUUAUCCUUGACACAUGUUGUCUUCUUGCUAAAGGCCUGCAACACCUGCUAUCACUACGGAUGCCUAAAGGAUGUUAUUCUCAGGCUAAGCAGCAUCACUCGUCGAUGUGUUCUUUCCGAGCAGCAAAUGGAGACAUUUCAAAGGGCGGAACUGAAGGGCAAGUUGGCAAAUCUCAUAUACUUUAAUCUGGUCCUGUUGCCGGGCGCAAUGGCCGUUGUUUAUAUACUGAUCGCUCCAGAGGAUUUCGCUGGCAAUCGUUUUCCGUAUCGCGCCGAGAUGCCCGAAUUCCUGCCGCACAUUCUACAAUCCCUGUACAAGGGACUGAGUGUUGCUCUUUUGGCGCUGGAAACUUCGACGAUUGACUAUCUGAACAUAUCGCUGAUGGGCCAGAUAUGUAUGCACUUAAAGGUACUCAACCUGGCCUUCGAUGAGCUGCGUCCGUCUAGCAGGGAGCAGCCCAAGAUAGAUCCCUACAGCUGGCUCGUGGCCAUUGUGAAAUAUCACUGCGAGCUGAUCGUCUUGCGACAGCGGGUGGAGCGCAUCUUUAAUCUGCCAGUCAUGCUGCAGUUCGUCAGCUCCGUGGUAAUUGUCGCCAUGACCGCAUUCCAGGUAAUUGUCAUUGGCGACGGCUCGAAGAGCUCCAUUAUUAUGAACCUGUUGCUCUGCUGUGUGCUCUGUCAAUUGUUCUUGUAUUGCUAUUUCGGCAACGAGGUCUACGAGCAGAGCAAGACGCUGCCUACUUCUGGGUUUGGCUGCAAUUGGCCCGGGCUCGACAGGAAGUGUAAACAAACUUUGUUGAUUUUCAUGAUAAACGCGGAACGUCCCUUUCGUUUUACGGCUGGCGGCUUUAUGGAUCUCACUCUGCCCAGUUUCACGUAUAUCAUAAGCAAGUCCUAUUCCAUUGUGGCCGUGCUCAGGCAAAUGUACAGCAGGUCCUAGACAUCAUUCAAUCGAACAAGCGUGUACUCAAACCCAACAUGUUAUCAUUUAUUCACACCUCAUUCACAUCGCAUGUCGCAGGUGUCGGAAAACGUGUCAUUAGCUCAUUAGGCAACUGUUUCCUAUACCCUCUACCCAUAUGCACAACGAUUGGAAGUACAAAAGGUUGUUCUGUUCUGUAACUCUGCGUCUUAAAAGAUCGACAAUAUCUUUCAGGGACUUGUGCUAACACUGCUAUUUCUAGAGAUUGUAGCUGCCCAAAUACCA